AUGCAACCGCAAAACUCGACAGAUAGACAGAUGCGGAGACGACGCAGGCAGUUCGGUGCGCCUGUCAGAUGUCACGUGUGCAACAAUUUGGGCCACAAAUGGGUUGAUUGCCCUACAGAUGGUCUAUACUCCAGUUAUGCGGACCCAGUUUUGAGUACCUUUGAUAGGACGCGGUCACCAACAUCUCCCGCGUCUGCGUAUACUCAGUCGACCCAAUGUGUUGUCCCGAACUCACAAAGCACUUGGCUGGCGGCGAAUGCGCAGAAUCAAAGUCAGCAGUCAAAGUUUACAUACCAACAUCAACAGCAAGGUGGUGAGCUUAAUACUCAGUCGAACUCGGAUACCUCUUCUGUCAACGCUGAUGAUGGUACACCCAAAAAACGGAAACACCGAGCUGGAGUUAGAAAUAGAAAACUGAAGGAUCUGCCGGAUGACUGGAGAGAUAGAUGUUUUCGGUGCCACAGUUUGGAUCACAGAGCAGUUUCAUGCCCUACCAGGCAGAAAAACAAAAACCUCGAUACAAACACGCCAGUAGAAUCGAGCACAGCGGUCGAGCCCACUACAGAAGUUGAACCUGGCACUCCAGUCAGUGCAACAAUCAACCCAAUUGCAACAGUACAAUGUAAAACAGCAGUCAAAUCCAGUACACCAGACGAAUCCGCUUCCGCGGUACCACCCAGUACACCAGUAAAAUCCAAAUUCGGCUCAUCGGUUGAAUCCAGUACAACACUCGAAUGCGGUACAGCAGUACCACCCAGUUCAUCGGUAUUAACCAGUAAAGCAGCACAAACCAGCACGUCAGUAAAAGUCGAAUCCGGUACGGUCAAACCCAGUACACCAACUCAUCCCAGUAGCGCGAAACAAGAUACACCCUAUUUUGACGCUAGACUGUCGUCACCAAUUGCGUUCAAACAAAAGGUUUUAUCCCUCUUCAGCGACCUACCAGCGCAUGAAAGAUCCCAAGUAAUUGCGACCCUUAUAAGUGAGCUGCCUAUCGCCACAAGAUCUCGGAUGAUUUCUUACCUAGUUCGUGAUCUGCCAUAUGAGGCAAGGCAACAUCUGAUAAAUAAUUUACUUGUGCCACAGAUGGACGAUUACUUGAGCCCAAUGUCAAGUUGUCUUUCCGAAGAAAUGGACUAUUCUGAAUUCUAUGACGAGGGCAUAGAAACGCGAGAACCAUUCUGUUACAAAGGCCCGGAGAUCAUCGCACAACCUCAUAACAAGAGAAUGGGAGUCCCAACACCAUACCAUAGUAGCACCCCUAUGAGAUCCGCUCCAGUGUAUAGCCGUGCCAUUAGUCUGACAACAUACAAUAAUUAUCAUGUGCCACCUGCGGCUUUUCCGCAGACAUUCGUGAGUCACCAGAAAUCGAGUUUGGUACCGGAUACUAAAACUCGUGAUCGAGCCUCAAGAUAUGCAGCUAUAUUUGCUAAGAGUGAAGGUUGUGCCUAAUUGCUAAUUUUCGCUCCAGCCCAUACUCAAGUAGGCUCCUUGAAGCCGAUACAGGCUUGCAUUCUUUGAUCG